CCCACCCCAUACAUUUGAUUUGAUUUUGAAUUGGGUUCGGUUUUUUUUCUGCGGGACUUCGGAAGAAACUGCCCGGCUUUUAGCAUGAUGUCUUACCUCAAACAGCCCCCUUACGGCAUGAAUGGGCUGGGGCUGACGGGCCCCGCCAUGGACCUGCUUCAUCCCUCCGUGGGGUAUCCGGGUGAAUGGUGUGGCUGUGCUCAUCCCCCAGCCACCCCACGGAAGCAGCGACGGGAACGCACCACCUUCACCCGCUCGCAGUUGGAUGUGCUGGAGGCUCUCUUUGCCAAGACCCGCUACCCCGACAUCUUCAUGCGGGAGGAAGUUGCCCUGAAGAUCAACCUGCCUGAAUCCCGAGUCCAGGUCUGGUUCAAGAACCGCCGUGCCAAGUGCCGGCAGCAGCAGCAGAGCGGCGGCGGGGCCAAGAGCCGUCCGGCCAAGAAGAAAUCCUCGCCAGCCCGGGAGAGCUCGGGCUCCGAGAGCAGUGGGCAGUUCACGCCGCCGGCAGCGGCCUCCAGCUCGGCCUCCUCUUCUUCCUCCAGCUCGGCCUCCUCAGCCCCAGUGGGCGCCCCAGCGUCUCUCAGCACCCCGGCGUCGUCCAUCUGGAGCCCGGCUUCCAUCUCCCCCGGCGCGGCGCCGGCGGGGGUGACGGUGCCCGAGCCGCUGCCUCCGGCCGCCGCGUCCUGCAUGCAGCGGGCCGGCCCCGCCGCCACCGCCGCCUCCGCCAGCUACCCCGUGUCCUACAGCCAAGGCGGGGGGUACGGACAGGGGUACCCCGCGCCGCCCUCCUCGUCCUACUUCGGGGGCGUGGAUUGUAGCUCCUACCUGGCGCCCAUGCACUCCCACCACCACCCCCACCAGCUCAGCCCCAUGGGGCCCUCCUCGGUGCCAGGCCACCACCACCACCACCCGCUGAGCCAGAGCUCGGGCCACCACCACCACCAUCACCAUCACCACCACCACCAGGGUUACGGCGGCACGGGGCUGCCCUUCAACUCCUCCGACUGCCUGGACUACAAGGAGCCCGCUGCUGCCGCUGCUGCCUCCUGGAAGCUCAACUUUAACUCCCCCGACUGCCUCGACUACAAGGACCAGGCAUCCUGGCGCUUCCAAGUCUUGUGAGGGGCCGAUCACCAUCCCCCCAAGCUGCCACUGACCCCCCACCCGGGGUCCCCCCACCGCCUCCUGGGCAGGACUCUGGCUCUUCCUCCUCCUCCCUCUUUGUUAGCAGUGGCGAUGCCCUGGGGAGGUCCUGCCACCCCCAUCUCUACUGACUGAUAUUUAUUUUGCUUCCUGCAUCGCUC